AGCCAGAGAGACAGCCCUGAAUCCAUGUCAGGGGCUGCCUACCUGCAAGGUGUGCAAAGAUGAUGGCCAUGAACGCCAAGCAGCCCUUCCCGAUGCACCCUGCCCUGCCGGAGCCCAAGUACUCCAGCCUGCACUCCACCGCCGAGGCGAUGCGCAGAGUUUGCCUUCCAGCCCCGCAGCUCCAGGGCAAUAUAUUUGGAGGCUUUGAUGAGACGCUGCUGGCCCGCGCGGAAGCUCUGGCGGCGGUGGAUAUUGUCUCCCACGGCAAGAGCCAUCCCUUCAAGCCCGACGCGACCUACCAUACCAUGAGCAGCGUCCCAUGCUCUUCCACCUCCUCCGCCGCGCCCAUCUCGCACCCCGCGGCCCUGACCUCGCACCCCCACCACGCCGUGCACCCGGGCUUGGAGGGGGACCUCCUGGAGCACCUCUCCCCAGCGCUGAGCGUGGGCGGCAUGGGGCCGCCCGACCCCACGGGGAUGUCGGCUCAGAUCCACCCGCACCACCUGGGCGCCAUGGGCCACCUGCACCAGGCCAUGGGCAUGGGCCACCCCCACCCGGCCGCGGCUCACAAUGGGCUGGGCUGCGUCAGCGACGUGGAGUCGGAUCCCAGGGAGCUGGAGGCUUUCGCCGAGCGCUUCAAGCAGCGGCGGAUCAAGCUGGGGGUGACCCAGGCGGACGUGGGGGCGGCCCUGGCCAACCUCAAGAUCCCCGGCGUGGGCUCGCUGAGCCAAAGCACCAUCUGCCGGUUCGAGUCGCUCACCCUGUCGCACAACAACAUGAUCGCCCUCAAGCCGGUGCUGCAGGCCUGGCUGGAGGAGGCGGAGGCCGCCUACCGGGAGAAGAACGCCAAGCCCGAGCUCUUCAGCGGCGGCGAGCGGAAACGCAAGCGGACCUCCAUCGCCGCCCCGGAGAAGCGCUCCCUGGAAGCCUACUUUGCCAUCCAGCCCCGACCCUCUUCGGAGAAGAUCGCAGCCAUAGCGGAGAAACUGGACCUGAAAAAAAACGUGGUGCGGGUUUGGUUCUGCAACCAGAGACAGAAACAGAAACGCAUGAAGUACUCCGCGGUGCACUGACUGGGCCGGGGCUGGGUGGGACGGGGCGGGCUGCUGGCUUCUCGAAGCCUGGACUUCUAUAGAUUUUAUUCCGAGAAAGAGCAGGGAUCCUGAA